AUGGUCAUCGAAACUCCUGCUUUAUUUCAACCUAUCCGCGUAGGUCGGAUGAACCUAGCCCAUCGCGUCGUUCAUGCCCCUUGUACUCGCUCUCGUGCGACGCCGGACAAUGUUGCGACAGACCUUAUGGCCAAGUAUAUGGCUGAGCGGGCUGAACCUGGAGCGUUCUAUAUCGGCGAAGCCACCUUCAUGGCCGCACGUGCUGCUGGUUUCCCCCUUGGUAACCCAGGUAUCUGGCGCGAAGACCAGAUUGCAGGCUGGAAGAAGUCCGUUGACGUAGUUCAUGCCAAAGGCGGAUACAUCUACUUGCAAAUCGUUGCACUCGGUCGCGUAUCGUUCCCUGACCUUCUGGGUGACUACCCAUACAUCGGUGCUGGCGACAUCCCCAUGGGCGACCGUCCUAAUGGACCUCGCCCCCGCGCCCUCACUAUCCCAGAGAUCAAGGAGUACAUAAUCGACUUCGCUACGGCGGCGCGCAAUGCUGUCGAAGGUGCCGGCUUCGAUGGUGUUGAACUGCAUGGGGCGCACGGCUUCCUCAUCGAGCAGUUCCUCAAGGAUUCGUCGAAUAACCGUACGGAUGAGUAUGGUGGCUCGGUCGAGAACAUGGCGCGCUUCGUGCUUGAGCUUGUCGACGCGGUAUCUGAUGCUAUCGGCGAAGACCGCGUCGGCAUUCGCUUCUCGCCUUGGCCUACCAACCUCAACGAGAAUAAGAGCGACCCCAUCCCUGUAUAUACAUACGUUCUCAGGCAACUUGCAGAACGGCAUCCGAAGAUGGCGUACGUACACUUCACAGAGCCGCGCGUAGAUAAGGAGCAGAUACGCGAGCUCAAGCCCGGGGAGGGUAACGACGUCUUUCGGGAGGCAUGGGGCGAUAGGCCGUUCAUUGCCGCUGGUGGGUUCACGCGGGAGACGGCGCUCGAGGUUACCGCCAAGCAUCCGAACGUCCUCGUGGCCUUUGGUCGGCACUACACGUCAAACCCCGAUCUACCUGAACGCUUGCGUCUCAACCUACCGCUGCGUCAUUAUGAGCGCCCUUACUUCUACGCAUCGGGCGAGAAGGGCUACCUCGGCUACAAGAAGUGGAGUGAAGAAUCAUCGUGA